UUUGUUCUUCAGUAUCACUUUGUUAUCCCCCCCCAACCUUUUCACCUAGUUGGAUUAUUCACUCUAUAUUGCCAAGCCUCAGCCAAUGUCUUAGUCUGUUAUUAUAUAUGUGUGCAUUCCUUCAUUUCAUAACAAUGUCUGCAAUCACGUAUUUGGCUUAAAACGCAGAUGAAUUCUGCUGAAACCAAUGAAUUCAAUAAAUCCUGCUCCACUGGUGUUCGUCGGUUUCUAAAAGCUUGUGUCGGAAAUAAAUAUUUCAAUUAUAUGUCUAAUGAUCACUGUGGACAAAUUGUUCAGAUAUGUUGUCAAGUUGUCAAAUGGUUUAUCGUGGAGUUUUGUCAUGAUGGAAAAUAAUUCAUGCUCAUACUUUGAAUCUGAGACUACAGAAUCUGUUUAUUCGACUAUGGACCGGGGGCUUAUCAAACUUCAGCCAUUAUUUAUUAAAGAAUUACAACUGGCCGUUAUCGCCACUUGGCAUGAUAUUCCAUGUCGAUCACUUCGCCUUGCCGCAAAACGUGGAGUAGAUUCACUUUGUUUCACAUUCCUAAUGCCAUUUAAUGCAUUUUGGACUGGACUCGGAUUCACAUUGCUUCUUUUCAUUCCUGCCAUCAUCUUUGCUGUUAAAUUAGCUGGUUUGUAUCGUAAAACAGAAAAAUAUAGUCGUGAUUAUGAAGAACCGGAUUACAUUUCAUAUCACGGCUUCUAUAUGAGACCACCAACAGAUUAUCAGGACAAUCCACAGAAACCCCGAAACAAAUCUCGUAAACAUAAAGGUUAUGUGGCUGUUCCGAACCCAGGGGCCUAAAAGGUAGACUUCACAGUUUCCCGGAAAUUCGUAAUUUAACUUCUUUUAAUUUAGUUUUGGUGUCUGCUGCUGUACACUCACUCAACCGCUGAUCUAUUUUUCCACAGCUCUCCUAUUCUACUUUCAAUUGACCAGCUAACUACACUAGCUGCUUGUUGUUUGCCUACCAAACCCGUGCGUGUGAUACGCUUUUUCACUACACUUGUGUGUGUUGUUUAGUUGUAUUAACAUAUAAUGCCCAGGUACUUGUUACCUCAUUUUUGUUAUAAUGCAAAGGCUUACGCGUCAUUUGUUCUUUUUUCAGGUUGUGUUUUGCCCAACUUAUUGUUCGCCAAGUUUUUUUAUAGCAUGGUGAUUUUUAAAACCCAUCUCUCACUUGCUUUGGUUAUCUCAGUUUCCAGUAUUUUAGGACCUGAACGUCUAGUGUAUGCAUUUAAUUUUCUCAGUGUAGCGUAGACCAUGGCGAUUAAGUGUUCCUUAAGCAUCUCUCAUAUAGUACAAAUUUGUUUGAAAGAAAGCUAAACCACAUCAAGUCAUGCAUACUUUUAAAUCAUCAAAAUCAGAAGUCUGUUGGCUUAUUUCAUAUAGCACCAACUUGAGUGAUUUAAUGAUUAUAUGUGUUAGUAAAGGUACUUGUUGACUUUUGGUUUUAUUCAUCCUUCAGUUUAUUUCGAAAUGGUGUUUUCCAUUGACCAAUUUUAUUUGAAACACGCAAAAUACAAGCUGAACAAAAAUAAAAACACGCAUGAAAUCGUAGAAAUAAAGUUUAGAAUUUAUUCAACUUUGGUUCAUUAAAUCCACCUGCCUCACUUCCAUCGAUUGUGGUUAAAGGGUUUCUGGAUUAUGGGGGCUGUUGCUCAUUGAGCUAGGCUGUUGCUUUCCGACCUAUGAGUCACGAACCCAACUUGACCGGACGAGAUUUGGGCGGCGACAGCAUCGUUAGCUGUCACAUAAUAGGUGUGGCUCAUUAUCUUCUGCGUGAGAGUGCACAAGAUUACUGAGUGGAUUUCGGUUUCUGGAUCUGGAUACAGCGUGAUGUCACGGCAUCGUUCUACCGAAUAUCAGUCAAAAUCAACUAGGGGGAAUAUGUACUUCGGCUGUAAUAUGUGGUAUUUUCUCUUUCACUGUCGGAGCUAAUUUUGAUAUCCAAGUUUCGCUUUUAUGAAGUCAGUGACUGUAUGACUUACAGAAUAUAUCUCAAGAUACAUACAUAAUUCCUCAGUAGAGUAUUACAAUAUUCUCAUUCUUGAUGUUAUUGGUGUUGUAAUAUAGUGGUAAAUGGACACGGCAUAUUGUUCAUUUUUUGCUAGCUGUAUUACAUUCUAAACAUCGAUGUCGACUUCAUCUUUCAGCGCAGCUCCAUGAGGGAUGGGGGAUAGUUUUGAUGUUCGUUGUGCAGCUUACAGAAGAUGUUAUGUUCGUCUGUGAUCAAACUUACGGCAUUUCAGAACGGCUACUGAUACCACCUGUUUGCUGAAAAAGUCACACUUUCAUACAAUUCUUUCCUUUCACAAAAUUAAAUGGAGAGAGAACAACAGAAGGGAUCCAUUUAAUUUCAUGGUUUCCCAUGAACAGAGAAAUACAUCACAACUGGGAACAAUAUGGAACGGUAUUCCGUUGAUAGUAAAAGCAUAUUCUGCCACAAAAAUGGACUGCUUUCAGGUAAUGUUGCACUAACAGAAUACUUACGCAACAGGUUGAAAAGGUGUAAAUAAUGCAAGUUUGGGCGCAUUGAAAAAUCCCCCUGGUGAUGACAGUACAGUCUCAAUCAAUAUAACAUUUGAAAUGAUAGUUCAUAAAUAAUGUGUUGUUUAUCAGCUGUAACAACCUAAGAAUCUAAUUUUCUACUAUUUAGCAAUGAUUAUUCAAUACCCCAAUAUCACUCAAACUUUGUGACCACUUUUAAAUUGUUAUGAUAGAUUGUGGAAUAUGACCGAUGUGGACCUGUAUGCCACUGUCCUGGCAGUACAUGAAAUGGCAACUGACUGUGACCCAUUUGAUCAAUACAAAUAGCUUCUUAUAUCAUAGAGUAACAGUUCCGUGAGACUUUAGUUUUUUGUCAUGGAGAUGCAUUUUGUAUUUCUGAUUCUCUUGUUACAUGAGCUGUUAUGAUCUUGAAACCUGUUCUAAAAUCUGUAUUGAAAGCAGAAAGCGAUAUCUUUUUAUUCAUCACCACCUGUUUUUUGACUAUUGAGUAAUCAUUGCUAGAUAAUAGAAAAUUAGAUUCUUCGGUUGUUACAGCUGAUAAACAACACAUUGUUUAUGAACUAUCAUUUCAAAUGUUAUAUUGAUUGAGACUGUACUGUCAUCACCAGGGGGAUUUUUCAAUGCGCCCAAACUUGCAUUAUUUACACCUUUUCAACCUGUUGCGUAAGUAUUCUGUUAGUGCAACAUUACCUGAACGCAGUCCACUUUUGUGGCAGAAUAUGCUUUUACUCUCAACGAAAUAUCGCAGUUGUGACUUAUUUCUCUUUUCACUGAAAGCAGUGUAAAGGCUUUUCUUAAAAUAAAGUUGAUUGUAUUGUUUUAGUAUUCCAUUGGUGAUGUAAAUGUGAAUUUUUUAAAUUCAAACUGACUUUUCAGUAUGUGAAUCACUUCGGUUACAUGCCUAUUUAGUUAGCCCUUUUGUCCACUGGCCAGUGAAUCGACUGGGAAUUGCGGUAAUAGUCCUACUUUGGUAUAACAAUAUUCGAGUUUUUUCAACUUCCAAAAUAUAUCUUGCAUCUCAGACGUUUGACCUUAAAUUUCAAGUUUGAUCUCGAAUUAAUCCAUGUGAGUUAUACCUGCCAGUUUGUUGUGUUUGAGAGUUGUUUGAACGCUACCCCUUUCUUCGAUAGCUUCCUCUUAUUCAUCAAGUUGUCAGUGAUUGGUGUGAGUAAAUUACAUAUACAAUUGUGUUAUUAUUUUGCAUGCUGACUAACUUGAUUUAUACUUUUGUCCCAGUACACAAACUGACGUGUUUAUGACCUAUUGUUCUACAUAUAAGGAACUGUAAGCAUUCAAAGAUGGCUGAAAUGUUUGACUACCAUUUGUGAUUUUAGUGAUAAAGAUGUUUGUUACCGCAGGCAUCAAUAUGGCCUAUUGAAAAUCACAACGAAAUCAAGUGAAGGUAAAAGUUUUCAGGUGAAGGAAACUACUUGACUGUUUCAAUAGUCAGCCUUUAGGUAAGUACUGUAUAGGAUCGUGUGGAGCAGUUAUCGUACAAGUUGGAUCUUGUGACUAAUGUAGAAUGCAUGAAUGUUGAUUAUUGAAGGUGAUGGAUAACAAAGCUGUGAACAAAAUAUAUUUUGCAGAUAAAAACUUGAAUUUUUUUAAAAUGCUGUGGAGUUUUCCUUUCGAACUUUUGUUUCGAGAUGUGAUCCCAUCCGUUUAAAAUCAUACAAUUCCUUUUUAUUUACACCUCUGUUAUAGCAAAAAGCCAGACCAAUGGAUCUAGUGCGCGAAAUUCACAACCACGUUAUCAACAAGUUUCUGUGUAUCCAUAUGAUGCUUAUGAGUAGUAGUCAGACCAGUGAAAAACAUAGUGUAUGCAUAUUAAACGAAAUAAUUUCUCAAUUAAAACCUGAUUUAUCUAUGAACCAUUUGCUUUUCUCGUUGUCACCAACAUCAUAACGUUUUUCGAAUGUAACCCCACUAUGCAGAUUUUUAUCCAACCUUUUUGUGUAUUAUAUUUCACGUUAAUGUCAGGUCUUACUACUGUCUAUUUAAUCGCGCUUUAAAGAAUUACCUAAGUCAUAGUGUUACUCCUUCCAGUUUCAUUUUUGAUUACAUGUAGUCUUACUGAUUUUAUUGUUGUUGUUGUAGUCUAGCUUCAGAAUUUGGAAUUGUUUUUCCUCUUACCAAUAAUUACCUUGUGUUCUUCUCUAUCUAAAGUCUUGAGUAAAUUUGCUCAACCCAUUGUACAUGUAUGCAAGUGUGUUUUUGUUUUAACACACUAGUUAUGCUUUUUUAUCUCCUGCAUAAUUUGAAUUUCUGUUUUAACUUUUUUCUACAUACGUGCUUGUAUGUAUCUGCAUUCCCUUUGGCUUGCAUUCACUGUGGUGUGAUUUUUUUGAUACUCUUUCGUUGAGCAAUUAUAUGUAGUCUGCGGUUUGUUAACAUCCACGCGUUUUUUCUAACUACAAUACCAGUUUUCAUAAUCCCUUAAAAAACAUUUUGAACUCGAAUAGUAUGCUGAAGUAUUUAUAUAUGCGAUGAUUUCUUGUGGAAGGAAAAGAUUGAACAGACAUGAAUCGUCAUUUUUAAAUAGUUCACCUGUCUUUUAUUCUUUGGGUUAUUUUAUUUUUCUUUGUGGAUAAGGAUCUUUGUUAUCUAUAUUUAUAUACAUGAUUCAGUAUGUUGCGUAUUCUUUUGCAAAUUGUUUGAAAUAUGAAAAAUCUCAUUCUUUUUCAUGCAAUUAUUCAACUACAUUUUUGAUGCGGUCUUAUUCAUUUGAUACUUCCUAUUGAACAAGUAAAGCAUUAAUUUUCUAGUAUAUGCAAAUCA